UUUGUGGUUCAUGAAAUAAGAUGAAGUGGUGUGGGCAAUGGAGCUUUGUUGUUGCCAUGGUAGCCAUCAACUUUGCGUUGGCCACAACAAAUGCACUUUACAAAAUGAUUCUCGACCGAGGAACCAGCCGUAUAAUCAUCUUGGUCUAUCGUCAAGCCAUUUCUACACUUUGUUUGACACCGAUUGCCUGCGUCCGGGAAAGAAAAGGCAGACCGAAGCUCACAGCCAGUGUCUUCUGCCAGCUUUUCCUCAAUGCUCUCAUAGGGACAACAUUGGCACAGUAUUUUUUCCUUCUUGGGCUCGAAUAUACUUCAGCUACGUUCUCAUGUGCAUUCCUAAACACGGUUCCUGCAAUCACCUUGGUUUUGGCUCUACCAUUUGGGCUAGAGAGAGUGAAUAUCAGAAGCACGGCAGGUCAAGCAAAGGUCGUUGGCACUUUGGUUUGCAUCGGUGGAGCAAUGGUAUUGACACUUUACAAAGGAAAGACGUUGGCGGGAUUGGAUUCAAGGGACACAAAUAAUCAUAUCGUAAACUACGACGGCACGAUGGUUUCAACAAGGAAGAGAGAAAGAUGGGGUAUCGGUUCGAUGUUUCCGGUUGCAUGCGCCAUCUGCUGGUCAUCAUGGUUCCUUCUGCAAGCUAUGAUUGGAAAGAGAUAUCCCAGCAAAUAUUCAAGCACUGCAUUUCUGUCUCUCUUCAGUGCCUUUCAGUCGGCCAUUUUAGGAUUGGUAACAGAGAGGGACUUUGACAAAUGGAUUUUGAAGGAUAAACUUGAACUAAUAACAGUCGCAUUUGCUGGAAUAGUGGCAUCGGGCUUGUGCUAUGUGGGAAUGUCAUGGUGUGUAGAACACAGGGGUCCGGUCUUCACAUCAGCCUUCACUCCACUGGUACAAAUAUUCGUAGCAACGUUCGAUUUCUCUUUUCUACAUGGAAAACUCUACUUAGGAAGCAUCAUCGGAUCAAUCUUAAUCAUAAUCGGUUUAUAUAUUCUGCUAUGGGGAAGAAACUCAGAGGCACAAGAAAUGCAACAGCCGCAAUUUAAAGAGGAAGGAGACAAUAAUACAAGGUCACAGGUGUAACAAAUCUCUAGUUGUGCAAGCAUUUUGAGUUGUGUGCCCCAAUCAACUUUGUAUUAGAUAUAUAGUGUAAAAAAAUGCAGAAA